AUGAUCUUCGAUAUUCGACUUUCUAUUGUCUUGAUUUCGUUUCUCAUCAUCUAUGUAUAUGGUAACUGCAAACUAGAAGGAUGUCCCGGUGAUCUAUGCUGCUCUGAAUACGGCUUUUGUGGAGACACCCCUGAACAUUGUAAAAAUGACUUGACUCGAUCAAGCAAGAAUAUUACAAUCAGAAAUGGCGAUUGUCGCAUCUGUGGGUGUGAACCGGGCCUUUGCUGUUCGCCAUACGGCUAUUGUGGUUCAACGAAGGAGCACUGUGACAAAUCACCAAUAACAACACCGGAUUCGGCUCUUAUCGAUAAAACUCGAGUUGGUGAUUGUCGGAUCUGUGGCUGUCCUGAUGCAAAUAUGUGCUGUUCACAGUAUGGAUACUGCGGCAACACAGGCGAAUAUUGUUCGAACGAAAAGGAAGUUUUACCUCCAAACACUUCCGACGAAGAGAAUAUCUGCAUACCUAAAGAAGACAAAUCCUAUAAAAUAUUCUCCGAACAUGGUUAUUUAGACUGUGGCAAAUUCUCCACAUCAGUUGAGAAGUCUGAUAUCAGUCUUCGACCAAAAAGUGAAACUAAACAUCAAGAAUGGCAAUUUCUACCUAUCCAAGUAGACAAAGCGACACUCUACGUGAUUGUCUGUAUGGCAACACAAAAAGCGUUGGCUAUCAAACAGCCAUCUCCGGACUCAUCAUUCUUGUAUCAAUGGUCUUUGGACACAUCAGACGAAAACCAACAAUUCGAAAUCCUGAAAGGAAACAACAAUCGUUGUAAAAUAGUGCAGAAACAUACGAAUCUAACAUUGAUGAUUGAUAAUCGAGGAGAAUGGAAAUUUGGUGAGACAGAUAAAAAUAUCACGAUUAAAAAUCAACAGUGGAUCAUGUUUACGAAUGUGAACGAAGGGCACCUAUGUGUGAGCAAUGGUCGGCGCAAAUCUUCUAUUCCAUUAACCUUAACAGAUUGUUUACAAUGGUGCGAAAUACGGAAAAAACGUUUUUGUAUGUGGAAUCAUUUAAGCGAUGAAAGAGAAGAAACUGAUGACGAUUCCGACACAUCGGCUGAUGUUGUUGUCAGUUCAUGCUAUGCAACAAUGAAAUGUAAUGAACGAACAUUGAUUCAAAAUGAAAAAUAUCUCGUCUAUGAAUUUCAAGAUAGUGAUGAAACUGAGUCGAUAGACAAUGCAACUGAUUCAUCACUAUCACCAUUGGACGCUUAUAUCGCUUACACAAAGUAUCUUCUCUUAGAAGCAAAUGAUUUUCAACUCAAUUCAGAACCCUUGAUGUGCACCGAUCUCGAUCCGAAUCGAGACGCGGUGGUCGUCUUCGAAAAUUCCACUGACGGAAUUCAUUUAUGUGACCUAUGUCCGAAUCUACCUCCAUUCGAUAAAAUGCUCGGCAUCGUCAUUAAUCAAGAAGAUAAUCCACCACGAUCGACAAAGCACAAUCUGGAUUUCGAACAAUGCUUUAUGACUUGUGUCGAUGAUAAGCAAUGUAUUGGAUAUUCCUAUUCCGAAACCGAGAAAACAUGUUUAACAUUCGAUCGAAUACGUGCGGAUAGUGAACGCUUGCAAUUAGCCAAUCAAACAGACCAAUGGACAACUGUUCUCAUCAAACAACCGACAGGUCUUAUUCAAAAUUGGGUUUAUACAAGGAAUACACGAAUUUCCGGCCAAGGAGAGCGACGAAAGGCAGAUUCAGUUUUAGAGUGUUUACAGAUGUGUCAAGUAACAAGAGAUUGCUUAUCAAUAACAUAUCAUUUCCAUUCCAAUUCGUGUCAGUUAUUCGAUACUAACGAAGACGGUAGCAACAUGUUUCUGUCCUAUGGAUAUCUGUCAAUGAUCAAUUUCCAACUUAUCUACGGUAACAAUUCGAAUCAAUGGCGUUUUAUUGAAGAAGACGAUGUUACCUAUGAUCACCAACUCUCGAAAACGAAAUCAUUAUGUGAAGUGUCGACGAAUACAUCUGCAUCAUCACACAUCGAUAGUUUUUACAAUCCAAAUUGCUACUUGUCGAAUAUGAACGGUUGUAAUCAAGUAACCGGAUGUCAAGAAUGUUUGAAAACAGAACCGAAUUCAGCAUCGAUCAAUGAUAGAAAUCUACCCAUAUGUCCAAUGACCACAAAUCUGCAACACGAAAAAGAACGCAAAGAGAGAAAAUUGAACAUUUGCAUGACUGAAUGCUUCAUGAAGCAAAACCCUUCAUGUAUCGCCAUUGAUUUCGAUGAAUUAACGUUAGAUUGCCAGUAUCUGACAAGUUAUAGUGAUUGGAAUCAAGCAGGAAAACGUCGUUAUUGGAUGCAAUAUCCUCAGCAAAAGUUUCAAUUUAUACCUCAGUGUGAUUUAUAUUCAUCCUCAUCAACAUUCAUUUCGUUCGAUCAAUGUUACAGUUUAUGUCAACGGAGUAUUCAAUGUCAAAAAUUUUCCUACGAUUUCAAUACACGUGAAUGUAAAAUGGGCACUGAUCGACCGGGAUAUGUAAACAAGAAUGCUAAAUUUCAAAAUCGCCAUUGUUUCAUUCGACCGUUCCUUGCCAAUAAUAAUUUUACCUCUAUGCGAAUGGCAUUCGAUCGUACGCUCGAUUUCGCCCUUGCUGAUCAGAGUUCUCACCUCAAACAAGAUGCUAUCCCAUGUCCGUCCACCAGCAAUUACGAUACUUGUUUAGACACUUGUCUGCAUCGGUGUCUGUUUGUUUCACCAUUAAACUUAUCAUGUCAAUAUGUUUCAAUCAAGUAUACGAAUGAAGUUUUAACUUGUACUUAUUUUCAAAAUGAAACCACUGUUGUUCAAGAUAAAUUCGGUGAAAUUUAUUCACGUUAUUUUAAUUCCAAAUUGACCCUGAAUGAUAUCGAUGACAUGCCAUUGUUUUAUCCAACGACAGAUACGCGUGAAUGUUUUUAUCCUAUAUCGUCAUCGAAAAAUGAGCAGACGUAUUCAACACUGAAUGGAUAUCAAACAAGUUUAAGUAAACGAAAUGAAACAGAAAUCAAUUCAGCAGCUGUGAUACGACAACGACGAUUUCUUGGUUUUAUUAAAAAAGCUGCUAAGUGGGUUGGAAACAAAAUUGUUAAACCUCUUUUUAACGCAGCGAAGGAAAUCGUCGAGACACCAAUUAAAGCAGUUAAAACGCUUGGUCACCUGGUCAAUGGGGACACGAAAGCAGCAAAAGACGAAUUCAUGAGCAUUGGUAUUGUUAAAGAUGUCAAAAGUCUUGGUGAAAAUGUGAUCAAAGUUGGUAAAGCCAUAGGUAAAGGGGAUGUGAAAGGUGCAUUCGAAGGUCUAGCGGAUGUUGGCCUAGACGCAUUGGCUGUUGUUCCAUUACCGGGUGUUGGUAAAGCCGCUUCGAAAGUGGGCAAAGGAAUCAAAGGCUCCAUUGGCAAGUCAAGAGACGAUGUCAAAGACCAACUGAAGAAAUCGAAGAACGGAAAGAAAGAUAAGAACGAAAACGACAAAAAACGCAAUUGCAAGAUACGGCAAAUGAAACGUGAUUUGGCUGGAAAUAAACAUGAUCGAGACUGUGAUGACGACGACGAUGACGAUGGUAAAGAUCGAGGUGGGCCCAGGUGCCGUAAGCCAGACGUGAACAGAAAAAAUGACAAGAUCAUAGCACAAUCUCUCAAUGACUGUCAUGCUAAAUCUAUCGGGUCGAGAUGUCGAUACGAAUGCGAAUUUCUCUAUAAAGCAACGAAUGAUAUCAAUGCUGUGUGUCAUCGAGAUACUGUAAACAAGAAUCGUGCCAUUUGGAAGCCAGAGCCUAAAUGCGAACCUGAACCAUGUCCAAAUAAUAAUCAUCCUUUGAUUGCAAUUAAAACAGAUCGCAUCAAUGCUUAUGUUGUUUUAUUCGAUAAAAAACGCAAUUUACCCAUAUGGUCUAUGUGUGUACUGGACAAAAUCAAUGAUAUGAUGACAACAGCUGGUAAACGCACUAAGGGUUACACGCAUCAUCCAUGUAGAGAACUGAAGGAUUUUCAAGCAAGUCGGAAUGCAUACAAUGGUUCGGGAUACGAUCACGGACAUUUAACGCCGAGUGAAAUUCUCAGUUAUUCUCGUGACGCAUCAUUCAGCUCCAAUUUACGCAUUAAUCUCGCACCGCAAAACGCUAUUACAAAUCAAGUUCCAUGGCGCAUGAUUGAAGCACAUAUUCGAUGUCAUAAUCAUAAAUAUCUGCCAAGUCUCGUCGUCACUGGUGUUUGUCCGAAAGCUCGCGGCAGAACCAAACUUGUCGGCGGUGUCGCUGUACCUUCCUGCUUCUGGAAAAUGAUCUGUUACAACCGAAACGGUCGUACUCAUGUUGUAGGUUUCAUAUCGGACAAUUCUAAAUUAACAAGAAAAGAUCGAGCAGAAUUCAUCAAAAUCUUCACGCCUGUUUCACAAGGUGAAAUAAUAGCACACCUCAGCUCGGAUCCAUUUUAUUUUGCAGCAAGAAAUCCCUUCUUGUUCGGAUACCGAGAUGCAGUUAAAGGACGACCAAGUGGUUUGACGGUGAAUGGCGCUCAGUGUGCAUCGGCAAUGUCGUUAGAUAAAAAAGAAGCUGAUAUUUGGCAUACAGAUCUAAUGAUGGAUCAAAAGAAACGUGAUAAUAAACCACCAAAGCAGAAAAAACAGAAAAAAUCAAAACGUCAAGCUGAUGAAGAAAAUAGAGAAGUACGAGGUUGCACACCGGCAGAAGCCAGGGGCAUGGCCGCUUUGUUCGGUUUAAGCUCAUUGAGUAUCUUCGAUGACGCAAAUUAUGACAUUAUCGAAGGUGACGACGAAGGUGAUGAUGAAUCAUCCGAUGAAGGAGGUGAUAAUAUUAGUCAAGCAGGGAAAUGUGGUAAACGUAUUAUUGGGUAUUACCCGUCGUGGGGUACAGGCAAGAUAACUUCUCAGCAUGCGCAACGUUUAACACACAUUAUCUUUGCAUUUUUCGAAGUGGAAGCUAACGGUAAUAUACUUUUGGGUAGUGCCGAUCGAACACACAGUUCAAAUGUUGAAGAAGACACAAGAAUUGCUCGACAACGCUUGGAUCGUCUUAAACGUCUGCAAGAUGCCUUCCCAAAUAUAAAGUACAUGUUUGCGGUCGGCGGAUGGGAAAAUUCGCAAUAUUUCAGUUCUAUUGCCGCUUCGCCCGAGAAACGCGUUCGUUUCAUCGCUUCGGCAUUAAAAUUACUCGACGAGCAUCAAAUGGAUGGGAUUGAUAUCGAUUGGGAGUAUCCUGUCACAGGAGGUGCUAACGAAGGUGUACCACAAGAUAAACAAAACUAUGUUAUACUCAUGAGAGAACUACGACAAGCUCUAGACAGACAUCGGCCUGGCUGUUUGCUAUCGUUUGCUUCGGCAGCUGGUCAAUGGACGCUCGAUCCGGGGUUUGAUUUACCCGGGCUAUUGAAAUACGCGGAUUUCGUUAAUAUCAUGACCUACGAUUUCUUUGGUGCUUGGGAAUCCAAAUGGGGUGCAUAUACAGGACCACCGGCGCCUCUGUACUUCGGUAUGCCUCCUCGAUUUUCAGGCAAAACGAAUGUGCAUUGGACAGUGAAAUACUAUGUAUGUAAGACAAAGCAACCACAUAAGAUCAAUAUGGGUGUUCCAUUUUAUGGUCGCUUUUGGCGAAAUGUCGAUCGAGAAUCGAUCGAUCCAAGUGAUCCGAUGUGGAGAAGAGCAUCGGCAGUAAACGGUAAAUUUGUUGGCGGUUUUGCUCCUUGGAAUGAAAUUAAAGAAUCAUGGUUAACAAAUGCAAAUUAUAGAGAACAGUUUCAUGAAAAGACAAAAUCAACUUUUGCUUUCAACAAUCAAGAACAAAUCUAUUUAGGUUACGAAAGUCCAAGAUCAUUGAAAUACAAAGCAGAUUACGCUGCGGACAAUAAUUUAGGGGGUCUGAUGAUCUGGGCAAUCGAUCAAGAUGAUUCCGAUUUAACAAUGAUGAAAAUAGUUGGCGAUGCACCACUGUGCAAACAGACAAAUCCGUCAUCGCACUCUUAUAAAUGCUCGCCUCUUGACGAAAAGCGUUGGUGGACAAUGGAAGAUAGCGAAGAGAAAGCAGGCAUGUGUGGCCGGUCAGCUCCGCUAUACAAAGGUUAUUAUCCUGUUUGUGAUCCCGACGAUCCUGGCUACUCCUGUUGCUCACCCGAGGGUUACUGUGGUAAAUCGGAUAAGCAUUGUACAGGACUAGGAGUCAAUUACGAAGAAAAUCCUAAUCUCUUAACCGAAGAACCGGUUCGACCAACGAUUAAUCCUCCACUCUGGUACUUACUUGAUGCACCGGACGGCAAGCGAGGUCGAUGCGGUCCGGACAUUCCUCCAAUCACUGGUCAUACUUUCCCGAUUUGUAAUCCCGACGACAAAAAUGCUCACUGCUGUUCCAACGGUGGUUAUUGUGGAACAGGUGAUCAAUUUUGUGCAUGCGAUGGCUGUAUUGACUUCAAAAAGAAUCCUUCAUAUCGUUUUAAAUCAAAACAUUAA